AUGUACUUUGCAGCAAACAUUGCACCCAGGCGGCCUUUGACUCUUCAACACACCAACUUCGCGAAACUUCCAUCAAUCUGUGCAAAGUCCUUCCCACAUCGGAUCUUCUCCAUAGAGGCCGCCCGAAACAAUCAUCUCAGAGGUCUUGCCACGGGCAAGGCCACAGUCAUCAUUUCGCCUCACGCAGAAGCACCACCUAUACUUACAACCAGCAGCAAGCGGAAGGCCUCUAUCGGCGACGACCCUCAGCGGCCGGAGAAGAAAGUCAUGACGGACACAGCCAUGGAUGUCGACAAUCCUGGGGCUGCUAUCCAGCAGCUCCAGAGCGGCGAGAUCGACGAAUCACUUUACAGCAGACAACUCUACGUGCUUGGUCACGAAGCCAUGAAGCGCAUGGGUGCCUCGAACGUUCUUGUCGUCGGUCUGAAAGGCCUCGGCGUCGAGAUCGCAAAGAACAUCGCCCUGGCUGGCGUUAAGUCACUCACCCUCCACGACCCUGCACCUGCAGCCAUUGCCGAUCUAUCCUCACAGUUCUUCUUACGUCCAGAAGACGUUGGCAAGCCGCGAGAUCAAGUCACCGCCCCACGAGUCGCCGAGCUGAACAGCUAUACCCCCGUUUCCGUCCUGCAGACGAAAUCCCUCGCACAAGAUCUGAAGCAGUUAGACAAAUUUCAGGUAGUCGUUCUCACUUCGACAACCUUGAAAGAUCAGUUGGUCAUCUCAGAGUACUGCCACGACAAAGGCAAAUACCUAGUGAUCGCCGACACGUUCGGCCUCUUCGGUUACAUCUUCGCAGACUUUGGCAAGAACUUCACUGUUGGCGACGUGACGGGCGAGAACCCCAUCAGUGGCAUCAUCGCUGGCAUCGAUGAAUCAGGACUGGUUUCCACCCUAGAAGAGACGAGACACGGCUUAGAAGAUGGCGACUACGUGGAGUUUGCGGAGCUCAAAGGCUUGGAGAAGCUCAAUGGUGCAGCACCACGGAAGAUCACAGUCAAGGGCCCCUACUCGUUCUCCAUUGGCGAUGUGUCAGAACUUGGGCAAUAUCAAGGCGGCGGUCUGUUUGCUCAGGUCAAGAUGCCAAAGGUCAUAAACUUCGAAUCCUUCUCAUCGCAACUCAAGAAACCAGAGAUACUCGUGUCGGACUUUGCCAAGUUCGACCGCCCAGCACAGCUGCAUGUCGGUAUUCAGGCAUUGCAUAACUUUGCGGCAGAGCACAAUGGCAUCUUUCCCCGACCUCACAACGAAGCGGACGCACAGGAAAUCUUCGACUUCGCCACAAAGCUUGCUAAAGAGACCGACGUCGAGCUGGACGAGAAGCUCAUCAAGGAGCUCAGCUACCAGGCUCAGGGCGACUUGAGCCCUAUGGCUGCUUUCUUUGGUGGCCUUGCUGCUCAGGAGGUCCUCAAAUCCGUUUCCGGCAAGUUCAACCCUAUCGUGCAGUGGUUGUACCUCGACUCGCUCGAAUCCCUGCCCACUUCUGUCAAACGAUCAGAAGAGUUGUGCAAACCCCAGAACUCGCGAUACGACGGGCAAAUCGCUGUCUUUGGCGCCGAGUUCCAGGAGAAGAUCUCGAAUGUGAAGAAUUUCCUGGUUGGGGCAGGCGCCAUUGGCUGUGAAAUGCUCAAAAACUACUCUCUGAUUGGCCUUGCGACCGGUCCGAAUGGUCAGAUCACUGUCACAGACAACGACUCAAUCGAGAAGUCGAAUCUGAAUCGCCAGUUCCUGUUCCGACCGAAGGAUGUAGGCAAACAGAAGAGCGACUGUGCUGCAGCUGCUGUCCAAGCAAUGAAUCCAGAUCUCAAUGGCAAAAUCAAGACUCUUGGCGAUCGAGUUGGUCCAGACUCCGAAGACGUCUUCAACGAGGGUUUCUGGAAUGAUCUUGACAUUGUCACCAAUGCCUUGGACAAUGUCGAAGCCCGUACCUACGUUGAUCGCAAGUGCGUCUUCCACCUGAAGCCACUGCUCGAAAGCGGGACACUGGGCACCAAGGGAAACACACAGGUUGUGCUACCUCGUCUCACGGAGUCAUAUUCGAGUUCGCAAGAUCCACCUGAACAAUCCUUCCCAAUGUGCACAUUACGAAGCUUCCCGAACAAGAUUGAACACACCAUCGCUUGGGCUCGUGACCUGUUCCAGUCGUUCUUCGUGGGUCCGCCGGAAACCGUCAAUCUUUAUCUCACGCAGCCCGACUACAUCAAUACUACUCUACGUCAACAAGGCAACGAGAAACAGAUCUUGGAUAGUCUGAAAGAGUUCCUGGUCUCCGAGAAGCCAGAGAACUUUGAAGACUGCAUUGCAUGGGCCCGCAAUCAAUUCGAGAAGCAAUACCAUAAUGCCAUUGCACAGCUGCUGUACAACUUCCCAAAGGACACCAAAACAUCGAGCGGCGCUGACUUCUGGUCGGGCCCGAAGCGAGCUCCAACAGCACUCAAGUUCGACACCUCAGACGAGACUCACAUGGCUUUCGUGAUUGCUGGUGCCAAUCUACGUGCAUACAACUAUGGUAUCAAAGCACCUAAGCUAGACAAGUCUGACUAUGCCAAAGUCAUCGAUAGCAUGAUCGUUCCCGAAUUCAAGCCAGAUAGCAACGUGAAGAUCCAGGCCGAUGACAAAGAACCAGAUCCCAAUGGGCCGCCUCCGUCGUUCGCUGACGAUGCCGCCGAGCUGCAAAAGAUCAUCGAUGUCCUACCAGAGCCGAAGUCACUACCAACAUUCCGUCUCAACGUUGUGGAAUUCGAGAAAGAUGACGACACCAACCAUCACAUCGACUUCAUCAACGCUGCGAGCAAUCUGCGUGCCAUCAACUACGACAUUCCUGUCGCUGAUCGGCACAAGACUAAGUUCAUUGCUGGCAAGAUUAUCCCAGCAAUCGCGACUACUACAGCGCUGGUUACUGGGCUGGUGGUGCUGGAGCUGUACAAGAUUAUCGACGGCAAGAAUGAUCUUGAGCAGUAUAAGAACGGGUUUGUCAACCUGGCUCUUCCCUUCUUUGGUUUCAGCGAACCUAUCGCCAGUCCCAAAGGCACGUAUCAAGGCAAGAACGGCGAAGUGACUAUCGACAAGCUCUGGGACCGGUUUGAGGUGGAUGAUAUCACCCUUAGUGACUUCUUGAAGUGGUUCGAGGAUAAGGGCUUGACGGUCUCAAUGGUCAGUUCUGGUGUGAGCCUGCUGUAUGCAAGUUUCUACCCGCCCAGCAAGCUCAAGGACAGACUACCACUGAAGAUGAGCAAGCUGGUCGAGACGAUCAGCCGCAAGCCCAUCGAAGACCACGUGAAGAACAUCAUCUGCGAGGUCACUGCCGAGGAUACGACCGAGGAGGACGUUGAAAUCCCAUACGUUAUGGUCAAGUACAAAUCUUGA